AAAUAAACGAGACACUCCAUGCUCCCGCACCCUUCUCAAUGUUGGUUAGUGAUUGCUAGCACCGUUUCACGCCUUCCUUGUCAAUUUCGACUUCAAAUCGCAACAUUGCAUGGGGGAAAGGGGGAUAAGCCUUACAAAAUCAUGAUGGCACGUUUUAUUUUGCAAGAGAUUGUAUUUCAACAAUAAAUCUGCACAUACUAUGUCAAGUACUGUAGGUGUGGAAAGUUAUGACGCUGGACACGUUUUAUCUAGAACGCUUGUGAAUGACAUCAUUUGCGUACAUCAACACGUUUCGAAGGUUAUGUAAUGAACCAAAAAAAGAAAUAAAAUAAUAUAUAAGCUUGAAUAUUAUUACUAUAGGACUUGAACAAUCCUACUUUAAAAGAUAAAUAUUAAAGGAAUAAUUCAGUAUGGCUAUUGACCACAAGACAAAGGCUCUGGUGUACUAUUUAUCGAGGUUUCAAGGGCUUUCCAUUCGGCAAGUAGCAAGAGAAUGUAAUGUUUCUCGGGCAACUGUGUGGAGGAUUAGCAAAAUGGAUAUGAGCAAUAACGGAUGUAAGAAAACGCGCAGAGAGACCAGAGGUAGACCAAGAAAACUAAAUAAACGCCAGGAACGGAAGCUACGACGAUCGAUCCAGAUCCUAAGAGAGCAAGAGGGUAAUUUCACGAUCAAGAGACUGAUGGAGAACGCGUGCAUUUGUAGAAAAGACGUUUCAGAGAGUACAAUUUCACGUUUCCUAAAUAAAGAGGGCUAUUAUUAUCUACAAGCUCGGAAGAAAGGUCUGUUAACGAAGACUGAUAUGAAAAAGAGGAGAACUUUUGCACGGAGAAUGCAAAAUGAAUAUUCUCACGACGUGUGGACUCAAGAUAUUGCGUUUUACCUCGACGGAACGGGAUUUGCGUAUAAGAGAAAUCCCUUGGAUCAAGCCUUGGCACCCAAAGGCAGAGUAUGGCGCAAGAGAAGCGAAGGACUAACGCCAGGAUGUACUGCGAAGGGACAAAAGACAGGAACUGGUGGUCGAGUGGUAAAGCUGAUGGUAGCUAUAAGUUAUGACAAGGGCGUGGUCAUAUGCAAAGCUUAUGAUAAGUUAGAUGGCCGUUAUUUUGCCAAUAUUAUUGACGAGAACUUUGAAAGCAUGUUUGGCACUGCAGAUAAAAGCCUAAAGCGAUUAUGGUUACAAGACGGGGAUCCAAGUCAAAAUUCAGCAAUGGCUCGCGCAGCUAUGGACCGUGCAAACUGUGAACUUCUAAAAAUACCGCCGAGAAGUCCUGACUUAAACCCUAUUGAGAAUAUUUUUAAACUAGUUUCAGACGCAUUGCGUAAGCAAGCGAUCAGGUCGCAAAUCACGAAGGAAACAUACGAGGAAUUUAAAAAUAGAGUUAUCUCUACAAUUCAAUCUUUACCUCUAGAAGUAAUAAAUAACACAAUUGCCUCAAUGCCAAAUCGCGUGAAAGAAAUCAUUAAGAGGAAAGGACAGCGUUUAAGAUAUUAGAACUAUCAAACUGCCAAGUACCUUCACGUUGUAUAUAAUUAUAUCGACAAUGUAUAUCUUGACAAUAAAACGCGUACAAUGUAAUAUGAACUGAUUGUUAAUUAAAAAAUAAUAUUCGUCUAUAUUGAUAUGGCUGCGCGUAUUUGAUGGACAAAUCAAAGCAGUAUGAACACGCCGAUUAACUACCAAAAUUAUAUAUAUAUAUAUAUAUAUAUAUAUAUAUAUAUAUAUAUAUAUAUAACUAUUUGUGAAAUAUAACAACAUGCAAUGCAUUAUGUAUACCAUCUCUGUGUCAGGUAUAAAGCAUAAUUGUUCAGACAGCCCAUGAACCCACCCGGAAAUGCACGAUUCUGAAUAAUUAACGCAUCACCAUAACGGGUCACUGUCUAAAACAAGUGUCAAAACAACUCAAGAGAGUACGCUGGCCACACAUUAAAUACAUAACAUCUGAGGUUUGUACCGUGGUACCAUGGUAAAGUUAACAUUUCCAUUUUUUUUAAGAAACUAACGUAAUACGAGCUGAUUGUGUAACGGUGACCCGUUCAAACCAAAAGAAUUAAUAUUACAUCAUAUAUAUUCUCUCAUAUAUCUUCGGAUCACCGUGGUGAUCCGUCGUUUAUUCUGCGUAUACAACGCUUCAAAUCGUUUCAAAAUUCCAGCAUUUGUUGAAUAAGUUGUAGUGGUUAAGUGAAUUAGUCAACAAACUUUGUAGAAGAGAAACAAAAUAUGUAAUUUUGAGAUUUUUAAAUGGUAACCCGUCAUGCACGUGCACAUAUGAACACUGAUUAGUAUGCUGAUUGCAUGCAUUUGAUUAGUAUGCUAAUAGCAUGCAUUUUUUGCUAAAACGUAUGUCCGAUAAACAUAGACAGUUCAAAUAUUCAAUGAAGAAUAAACUCUGCAAAGCAACGCGGACAUGAUAGGAUAUCCACUUGUUCAUCUUGCGGGAUUUGCGAGAAGAACUGAAAGCAACGCCAUCUGACUCUCAUCAUCCCCGUUUCAACGCAGUCAACUGCACCCCCUCGCACAAAGCUGAAGUGCUCGUUGGCUGUGGCGAAGAUUGGGGCAUCUUUUUCAAAGACAAUGUCUUGAGCAUAGUGCGUCUUCGGUGCUGGAAAGCGUACCAUCUGUCCCUCGAGCAACAAUAGGAGAUUAUGCCAAGGAAUAAUCUGCGCUGACCAUCGGAAAUCAUUCAAAAAUAUUACUUCACAACUCUCGACUCCAA